AAUAAAAAAAUAAAAAUUGUGGGACCCACCUCAGUGUUAAUUGCCAGCUUGAAAGCCGCAAAGCUGCCCUUACAUAAACCCACAGUCAGACUCAUUUCUCACAGACAUUUUCACAAACACUUUGCAUUCACAUCUUAAAACCAUUUUUAUCCCUUCCUUUACAGAAGCUAAAACCGCCAUGGCCAGACCUCAACAGCGAUACAGAGGCGUCCGCCAGCGCCACUGGGGAUCUUGGGUCUCCGAAAUCCGACACCCUUUACUAAAGACGAGAAUAUGGCUAGGCACGUUCGAGACGGCGGAGGACGCGGCCAGGGCCUACGACGAGGCCGCCAGGAUCAUAAGCGGGUCGAGGGCCCGAACAAACUUCGCCCACAAUGCAAACGAAGCCCAAUCCUCACCGUCCAAGUUUCUCUCGUCCACGCUCAUGGCUAAGCUACAGAAAUGCCACACGGCGUCCCUGAAAGUUGGAAAAACGCAAAAUUUUGACAGUGGGCCGGGAAAUGGGCCCGGGUUCGGCAGUGAUAACGAUCUGAAGAGCCCAAUUGCGAGUCAAAGCACGGGCUGCGUGAGCCCGAAUGGAGACGUUGAACAGCAGUUGGUUAGGCCUCUUGAGGAAAAUCACAUUGAGCAGAUGAUUGAGGAGUUGCUUGAUCAUGGCCCUGUUGAGCUUUGCUCUGUUAUGCAGAGUUAAAAAAACAGAACAAAUUGUACCGAAACAAAAAACAGAACAAUUUAAUUACUUCAAAAAAAAAAUAUUGUACUAUUAUAAUUUACUACUUUUUUAUUUUGGCUUUUAAUUUUCUUAAAUUGAAGUUAUAUUGCUUCCACUGAUUUCAUAUUCCAUUUCUAUAACUUUGGCGCCUUGUAAUUAGACAAAUAAGAUGAGGUCGUUCUUAGAGUGGUCUCGUAAGUCAUAAUCCAUGUCACAAAUGACUGCAAUUCUAUUAAAAAAAAGUUGUCAUGGUUAAGGUAUCAAAUAUAAAUUGAG